ACCAGGAGUGGUGUUUUCAGGAAUGGGCACUGGAAUUCAACUGAUAAAAAUCCGGCUCGACCUGAUUGGUGACUUCGACGUUUAUAGUCGCCGGCUCAGAGCGGGAGUCAACCACACCGGCGCGCACGACUUUGACUCUCACACCUCUGGAAGCGAACAGGUGGGCCACGCAGCGGUGAUGUCGCGCGCCAACAUUCUGCCCGACGAGGCGACCUUCCGCGACUUCCGACAGUCGUGUCUGAGCGCGGACAACUGGCUCAACAAGUACGACAAGGAGGGGAUGCAAGUCUGGACCGAGGUUCUACCCGCCACCAAGGGCAACAACAACCUGCCCAAAAUCCACAAAAUCAAGUGUAAAAUGACGAUAAAGGACGUCUCGGCCGCCACCAUGUAUGACGUCAUCCACGAUGGCACGUACCGAAAGAAGUGGGACCCCACGACGUUGGAGAGUUUCGACAUCGCCCGACUGUCCGCUAAUGCUGAUGUGGGCUACUACUCAUGGCUGUGUCCAAAACCAAUCAAAAACAGAGAUGUGGUGACGCUGCGUUCGUGGCAGGUGAUGGAUGGCGAAUACAUCAUCAUCAACUUCUCCGUCAAACACCCGAAAUACCCUCCAAAACAAGGCCUGGUGAGAGCCAUCUCCAUCCUCACUGGUUAUUACAUCAAGCCACUGGGACCAAACAGUUGUACUUUCAUCUACCUAUCGCAGGCUGACCCCAAAGGCUUUCUUCCGAAAUGGGUGGUGAACAAAGCAUCGCAAGUUCUGGCUCCCAAGGUGAUGAGGUGCGUACACAAGGCCGGUCAGAACUACCCGGAGUGGAAACAGCAGAACUCUCCCGACCAGAAGCCCUGGCUGUACCCCGAACAGAACACGCUGCCCAUGAUGGACCCGGCAGAACUGGCCAUCCAGAGAGGAGACUCGCUGGAGAACGUAGACGAGAGCUGUCAAGCCGAAUCGGAGUGAAGGAACCAGUCCCCCCAAAAAAAGACUUUAAAAUGGAAAAAUAGUCCAAGUGUCAUGUCGGGGAGAGGGGGUGCAGAUGUUUACUUCUUAAAAAGAACGGAGCGAAGAACAUGUCGUCACACACUCGGUCUGUGCUGAACAACAACCUCUGCAGUGUUCUCAUUGGAACAGACCAGAGAUCUUUUGUGACUGCGAAGAGAUUUUUUUAGGUCCUUGUUGGAUUCCACACAAAACGUGUACAUAUUUUUGGUUGCACUGUAUAGUUCCACUGGGACGAAAUGUUGGAAGGUUCUGGGUGUUUGCUGUGACGCGGCACUACAGUUAUGUGCCGUUGAGGCCAACAUGUUUCUUUUUACUAUUCUUUGCUGCUAAGCUAAUGAUUUUCUCCUAAUACCAAAAACACACUUGUUUGUUUAGAUUUCGUCCCUGGUUGAAGGCAAUGAAGUUUAGCAAAUCUUGAUUGAUUUUAUUUUUACAUUUAUUUAUUUAUUUAAGGAUUACAUGAAGGUUUAUUCGAGAGAAGUGUGACUGGCCAAAUUGAUGUUCUAAUCCAAGUUUUUUCUAGCAAAAAUAAACCUCAUUUUUUUUGGA